AGACACAGCAGUCAUGAGAAAAAUCAGGGAGCAGUGGGGAGCAGAGAGGCCCCUGGGGCAAGACAGGAGCCAGGCCUAGCACUGCAGCUGCAGGCUGGUCCCCUGCUGCCUCGCUGUGCAAGGGGAUGUGUCCCCACAGCCCUGGGGACAGGGUGCCCAGCCACGUGUCUCAGGACAGCCCCUGGCAUUGUACAGACCAAUGGAGACCUGCAGUCAGAGAUCCUGCUCACCCCCUUCUCCCCAGCACCGCACUAACACGCCAGCUCGGAUGGCAGCCGGUGCUGCACCAGCACGAGGGAGCUGCAACGGCUGCCAGGAGCCUGGCCGAGGCUUUGUGGCUUGUAAACAGCUCCAAACAAGCCCAGCUCUGCCUGAAAGCAGGAUCCUGCUGGGAACUGGAAAAUCAAAUGCUGGAGCUAAGGUGGGGAACAGGUGGCUCCCUCCUCACCCCAGCAUGGUCCAUGGGAAGCACUGGGGAGGGCUCUGCACCCCCAGCCCAGCCCUCCUGCUCACCCACGGGGCCAUGGAGAGCAGGAAGAUGCACCCUGUCAAACACCUCAGCCUUUCUGCCUGUUUGCCCUGGGCAGGCCUGGGCCCAGCUCCACGCAUGGCUGGCUCCCAAGGCCAGCUCCAUGCCCAGUUGGCCCCUGGUUUCCUUGGCACAGGCCACCAGCCAGGACCAAAGUCCAGUCGAGGCAGUGUUGGUACCUACCCCACGGUGGGAAGUCAAGCCAGCUUAACCCUGCCACUGCCAGCACCCCAGCAGGGACUAAAACCACACAUUCCACUCCAACUCUGAAGGAAGCAGCAGCACCAUCUCUUCACGGUUCUUGGCCAGGACGUGCAGCAAGAUGGGGCCCACGAGACCAGUGCUUUCAGCACAGUUACCCAGCAUAAAGCCCUGAGUGGGGACUUAGGUGGCACAUGCCAAGUGCCAGAGACAUGCCAGGGCUCUGUGAGCCACAGCCAACAGCUCCUGAAGCCUCUCCUGCCUACCUAGAGCUCCUUUUCCCCAUUUGCUGGUGUGGCUCAGGAGCAGGCGGCUGUGCUUCCAAGCAGCCCAGCAUGGUGGUAAUGCCCCAUCCCCGGGAGGGUUUGCUGCUCCCUUGCUGCAGUGCUGCUUGUUUACCCAGGCAGUCCUGAGCCCCACAGCGACUUUGUGCUUGCAGGAAAUGGAGCGGGCGAUGCCCAGGGCGGCUGCGGGCAGCUCUGCCACUGCGGACGGCUCCCGUUUUGAGCCGGCUCCCCUUCCUGCUGGCUAAACUGCCAGGAAGGAAGCUGCUUUGCUGGGUUCAGCAGCCCCUCCAGCUGGCCAGGCUCAAGGCAGCCAGGGCCAAGCAGCUGAGCAUCUCAUUCCCUUGGCUCCAUACCCGGUCCUGCCACUGCCCCUGCACUGGGGGUAUCCAGCCCCCAGGAUCACCCUGCGCCCUUCCAGGGGACCAGGAGCACAUCUGGGCUGAGGAGUGCUGCCCAUCCCCAGAGCGUGGUGGGAGCUCCCCACGCAUCUGCCCUCCUUCAGUCUGAGUGGAAAGGGCAAGGACUGGCGCACAGCACUGGCACAGCUCAGCACCACGAAGGACGCGGGGUCACAGCUCUGCUGGGAUCCGGGCCAGGCAGGCGAGGAGGAAGCAUUUUGGGAUGCUGUAGUGAUGCAGGUGUGAGUGAGCCCGGCAGGAGCUGGCCCAAGAGAUCCCCGGGACAUCAGCCAACCCCAGUGAGGCAGCCAGAAAAGUACCGGGGUUUUUCAGAGGCACAGGGAGCUCCUCCAAAGGAGCAGGGCCCAAGCCACGUGGCAUGGCCCUGUACCAAAGCAGCCAGGCUCCUGCUGGAUGGUCGACAGCAUCCAAGGCCAGGCCUGGCACCCUUCCCCAAGCAGCCCCAGGGCUCCAGGCAUGGAGCAGCUCUCCAGAGCAGACCUCAGAGGCUCUGGGCAUGGAUUUUUGCUGCAGGACAGACUAUACAGCACAUCAGCCCCACAGAGACCCCCAGGAGCUCAGCCCAAGCACAAGGGAGCUCCUCUGCCAGACAUGCAGCUGCCAGAGCAUUCACCCGAGCCCGGAGACCACGCUGUGGCACGGCCGGGGAGCAGCGGAAACUGCCUGCAGAACAAAGCGCCCGCCUGCCAUGUCCCAAAAAGCUCUCCCAGAUCCUUUGUGAGUGGCCAAGAAACAGAUGAGGGAUUCCCGCGUCGUUCACCAGGCAUCGAGUGGGGACGGCGCUCUGGGAGCACAGCACACAGAGUGGUGCCAGGAGGCUCUGCCAGUAACAAGGAGGAGGAGGAGGGAGGAGGAGGAGGCCCUUUGGCCACUCUCAGGCACCGCUGGCCCAUGCCAGCAUCCUCACCGCUUCCAGCAGACACACAGCAGCAUCCCAGGACUUGCUGCAUCCCAUCCCUGCCUUGUUCACAGGCUCAAGAGGUCGGGGAGUACCAACAGACCGAGCCACAAAGCCACCCAGAACACACCACCACGAGCCUCCUGGGGACCCCGGCUUGCAGACCGGCGUCACACACAUCAGGCUCAAACAUUUCCUACUCAGAGCUUUUUUUGGUCUACAAGAUGCUCAGAACAGAAGUUUCCAUGACCGAACAAUUCCCAUGGCUGCCUGCAGCAGAGAUGAAAGCAGCUGCUGUGUCCCCACGCAGACGACGGGGUCACCUCAGGGGCCCUGUGACACCUGUGACAGUGCCCAGGCCAGUCUCCGCGAGGUCGGCAAAGCCAUCACCAGCAUCUGCCAGAGCCAGAACAUCCCCUCAGCUCUCAGCAGGUUCCAGGAGAUGGUGGAGGAGACCACAGAGAAAAGGACCCUCUCUGCAAUAGACAUGAGCUACUGGGCCUCCGAGCAGAGCAAGGACCUCUCACGGAUCGGCAAACACCUCCAGAUGCUACUGCAGCAGGUCAAACCUCUGAAGUCUGAGCUAGAAGAGUCGGAGAAACAGAAGGACAAGCUGCAGAAACAGGUUGAGGACUUUACCCGGUUGCUUCAGGCAGAGAAGGAGACCCAAGCACAACAGAGGAGAGAGGCUGAGCAGAACCUGGAAGUAAAGAACAGAGAGUAUUUAGAGGCUGUAGCUAGGCUGGAGAGGGAUAAGGAUGACCUACGGAAAGGAGCUGCUCUGCUGGAAGAGCAAUUCUCCGCCUUAAAGGAAGAGCUGGCUGGGAAGCAGGCUGCUGUGCAGGAGCUGGAGGUCACCAGGACGACCUUGCUGGAGGAGAUGAGGACCACGAUGGUGUCCAGGAACCAGGUGCUGGAGCUGGAGGAGAAGGUGCAGCUGCUCACUGGCCAACAGGAGAGCCUGGGCCAGGAGCUGAGUGCCACCACCACCCAGCUGGAGAAGGAGAAGGCCAAAGUGGAGAGCAUGCUGAGGCACCAGGAGUCCCUGCAGGCCAAGCAGAGGGUCCUGCUGCAGCAGCUCGACAGCCUGGACCAGGAGCGCGAGGAGCUGCAGGCCAGCCUGGGAGAGGCCGAGGAAGACAGGGCCAGGCUGGCGGAGCAGCUGGAGGAGAGCCGGGAGCAGAGCGGGCAGCAGCUGCGGGCGCAGCAGGAGCUGCUGGACACGCUGCAGCAGGAGAAGCUGAGCCUGGAGCAGUCUGUCUCAGAGCUGCAGGCCAACGUCUCCAAGCUGGAGGAGCAGCUGCAGGAGCUGAAGGAGAGGGAGAGGCUCCUGGUGUUCUUCCCUGAGCUCCACAUACCCGCUGAGACACACUUUGAGAGCACCGGGAGCUUGACCGAGGACAUGGAGAAGCAGCUAAAGGCCAACAGCCUCCGGAUCAGCAUGCUGGAGCAGGAGAACAUGCGGCUCAGGUCUGCGCUAGCCAAGGUGAAGGCAGCUGCUGAGCAGGGUGUGCUGAAGCUUGUCCCACAGACCCAGCUCUGGGCUCAGCUUGGCAGCCACCGCUGCAGGGAGGCCGGCCGGCAGAGCGCAGGCACCCAACAGGUUGGUGCAGUUUCCCCCUGCUGUCCCUCUCUGCUGGACAACGCUGUGGUUUGGGGUAAAACCCAGGGUGACAGCGCCGAGGGCUGGGCUGGUGUGGCCCGUUCUCUUCUCCCUCUGAAGAGCAGCCCUGGGAGAAGUCCCACUGCAGGGCCUAGGAUGGGGCUGGCUGACCCAGGGGAAACGCUCCCUGGGCGAGCAGAGCUGCCCCAGAGAGCUGCCCCACAGAGCCAGCUGAGCACGGCCUGGGAUGUUCCUGGGUGCUGGAGCUUGGUCGCCUGGUGCAAAGCUGCUGCUGGAGUCCCCAGCCCAGCUCUGACCGUGCCAUCAGCCAGACAAGGCCUGGGCACAGCCUGUGAGCUCAUGCCAAAAGCAUUCCCAGGAGGCAGCUGGGAUGGGGCCACGCUGCUUGGAAGAGGAAGGCAGAGCUGGAGAUGAGCAUGAGCCACGCUUAGCUCGCUGCCAGAGCCACAGCCUGGGAAAGCGGCUCUCCCCGUGCUGCCAACAUCCACGAGUGCCCAGAGGGGCUGGGGAGCACCAAGCUGCCCACACAGGCUGGCCCCAAACCCCCAAGCCUCGGGGAACAGCCCCAACAUGAGACACGGCAGCUUGUCCUUGCUCUGUAUUUAAUAGACGUACGUGUGCGAUGCUGCAGCCCCGCAGCCUCCGGUUGCCACAUGGAGCAGGAGCUGGUGAGGGUACACCCAUGUCUGCUCCAAGCAGCCCCGUGUCUGGUCUCUGCAGCUGACUUGUGUCGUCCUUUCUAAUAAGUUAGUAUAAAUAAAGUGUUCAACCCCCCUGCCCUCCCGCGGUGAGGUGGCGGGUCGCCCAGCAGCCCCCCACCCAGAUCUGACACCCCUGUCCCCUCGUGGCGCAGAGGGGUUCAAGCCGCAGCCCCAAGCUGGGCUCUGCCCACUCUGCCACGGCCACCAGCAAACAGGAACAAAAAAGAGACUUAGAAAAAUUACUAUGAGUGGGGAGAGUGCAGCCGGACCAGGGCUCUCCCAGCCUCUGUGCCCCCACCCCAUUACACCCAUGGGUGCCCCGGUAGCUUCCUUCACUAGCACCCGCUCCCGCAGCCCCCCAGCACUGGCCACCUGGACCCCCCCC